AAACUGUCCCUAAACUCUGGGCUAAUCUGGGAAAUACUUAUUUCUGAGAUAAAAGAUAAAUAUUUAAAUGUAUUUUAGAAGCAAAUAACAUACAUACAUCUAGUUGUACUUAUAAUUAGAUAUUUGUCAAAUACACUCUGUUUUGUCUCCCCUUCGUAACCGCGCAUGAUGUCGUCUCUAUGAGCAGCUGAAGGACACUGUGAAGAUGAAUGUACUACUUCUCAAAGAGCCCAGAGAUGGAGAGUCUGGACAGGAUCCCUAUAUUAAGGAGCUGGCAUCGCAGGGACAUAAAGCAACCCUUAUUCCUGUGCUGUCUUUUAAGUUUGUCACAUUAAACACCUUGUCAGAUAAGCUUUUUCAACCAGAGAAACAUGGUGGUCUCAUAUUUACCAGUCCAAGAGCAGUGGAGGCUGUCAAGAUGUGUUUAGAAGCAGAAGAAAGAAGGGAAGAAUGGAACAAGUCGGUGAAAGACAAAUGGAACAAAAAGUCCAUCUAUGUGGUUGGGAAGGCAACUGCUGCAUUAGUACGAAGUCUGGGUCUGAACCCUUUAGGAGAGGACACGGGGACAGCAGAGGUCCUAUCACGUGACAUCAUUGAACGCGAGGACACAAAUAUUCCACCACUUUUCUUCCCCUGUGGCUCGAUCAAAAGGGAAGUCUUGCCCACGGCUUUGAGGGAAAAUGGAGUGCCCCUGGAGACGCUGACUGUCUAUCAAACAGCUGAACAUCCCGAUCUGGAGAAAAAUCUAAAGAACUACUACAUGGAGCAGGGCACUCCAGCGAGCAUAGCUUUCUUCAGUCCAUCAGGGGUGAAGUUUUGCCUCGAAGUAGUACGAAGGCUGUCAGGUGAACAGAUUGCUCAGAUAAAGUUUGCAGCCAUAGGACCCACUACACAAGAUGCAAUGACCGCAGAAGGCCUUUGUGUUGCCUGUGCAGCAGAAAAGCCAACAGCUGAACACUUGGCAGCUGCAAUAGCCAAAGCUCUGCAGUGAAUUCACCCACUUCAUCUUGAGUUUUUGUAUAUACUCUGUUGUACAUACAAAUGGGUGACAAAUUAUAGGAAAACAAUUUAAUCCUACUAUGAGGGAAUCUGAUGACUUCUGGUAUGUUGUGGUUUUGAUGGAUCCACUUUUAUCCUUUGUGGAAAGAGUCACUGAAUUUCAUUUAUCUGAUAUGGACCAACAUAUUAGCCAGUGCUCGUCAUUAGAACACAAAAUGAGGGAAUAUCCUUUGGAAUAAUGGUGAUAAAUCCCUCCGCUAGAGGGAUCAAUGUUCUGUCAGCAUUUGGUGGCUCAACACCUUUCUAAGACACUUUAUGUCGCUUAUUCCUUUAAUUUGUCCUUUAUGUGUCAUUUCUCUGUUUUACUUUACUGCUCAAAUUGCCAUUGUUGGACACAUACUUCAGCUAUUUUGCACUGAGAAAAUGUUGCUAUUAGAAGCCAAGAAUGUCUAAGUGAUGAAGAUAUGAUUCUAUUUAUAUUAAGCCUGUGCAUGAUUGUGAAUGUAGCAUUAGUUUUUUGAAAAUAAACUUCAGUCAGUGUGAUAACAGAA